AUGGCCCACGACCAAGGCAUGUUCUCGGUCCAACGACCGCGCCAGACACUAGGACCCAUGAACAACAACAUCUCCUCGGCGAUUCCCAUGCCCUCGUCAGCAAUGAAGCGCUCGAGCUCGGUGCACCAGAUGCAGCAAGGCUCGCAGUUCGGUGGAAACAACCAUGCGCGCUCACAGUCGGGAGGGCGCAUGUCGCUCGCUCCAGGCCGCCCAAGCCAGCCGCUCUUUGCGCGCUCGUCUUCUGGCACGAACCUCGCCGAGGGCUUCCCCUCGGUGCAGCGCAACUCCAUGGGCAACUUUGGCGGGGCAAGUAGUGGGAGGAAGAGCUUUGCGCCCGGCGCGUCCCUCUUCCAGACCCCGGCGCCGCCAGCGGGACCCAACUUCGAGCAAAGCGCACAGCGGCGAAGCAGCGUCUUCAAGUCGCGCUCCUCGCACGGGAGCGGGCAGCCGGGCAUGAAGCAGUCGUUCUUCCAGCAGGCUCCCAUGCCUGCCGCGCCCCCCGCAGACCCGCGACGGCUGAAAGACUCGGCCACGCGACAGCAAAUGGCAAACGAACUCCUCGAGUUCCUCACACACAACAACUUCGAGAUGGAGCAGAAGCACACACUAUCGGCCAAGGCCAUGACAUCGCCCACGCAGAAGGACUUCAACAACAUGUUCAUGUGGCUCUACAACCGCAUCGACCCGAGCUACAGAUUCCAGAAAUCAAUCGAUCAGGAGAUCCCCGUGCUGCUCAAGCAGUUGCGCUACCCCUUUGAGAAAUCCAUCAUGAAGUCGCAGAUUGCGGCUGUUGGUGGAAACAACUGGCCAACUUUCCUGGGCCUGCUCCACUGGAUGAUGCAGCUUGUCGUUUUGUGCCAGAGGUACGAAUCUGGAAACUACGAUGAGGCCUGCUUUGAGGCCGGCUACGAUGUCUCAGGCGACCGCAUCAUCUUCGACUUCCUCACAGACGCGUAUAGCACAUGGUUGGCAGCAGACGACGAGGAUGACGACGAGGAGGCUCAAGAUCGACACAUGCAGCCUCACAUCGAGAACAUGGCGGCCAAGUUUGAAGCCGCAAACUCGCAACACCACGACCAGGUCAAGAUGCUCGAAGCUGAGCACAAAUUGCUUCAAGACCAGAUUGAUGAACUCAGCAAGGCAGGCCCCAGGAUCGCAAAGUACGAGGAACAAAACAAGGUCCUCCAGGAAGACCGCGUAAAGUUCGAGAACUACAACGCAAACAUGGAGCUCAAAGUCAAGAAGUACACCGACCGCUGCGAGUUUUACGAGAAGAAUAUCGAGGAGCUAGAGGCCGAGCUCGAAGCUGCCGAGAAGGAGCAGGCAGAACUUCAAGCCAUCAUCGAUGGCCGCGGAAUGACCAUCAACGACAUCGACCGCAUGGCCGCCGAGAAGGACCGCCUCGACAAUGCCCUCCAGAGCACAUCCAACCGCCUUGAGGAUUCCAAGAAGAAGGUUGCCGACAAAGAGCUGGCCGCGUCGAAGAAGUUGGACGAGCUCGAGCAGACGAUCGAGCGUUACAACAACCUAGGCUACCAAAUCGGUGUCAUCCCAUCCACUGCUGUCAACGCAAAGGGCCAGGAUUACGAGCUCAUCCUCACCGUAACGGACGGGCCUAACUUCUCCGGCAGCCAGAUGGGAAGCAGUUCCCAGGAGCCGUCGGACCGCUUGCUGCAAGACGCCAGCACUGGCUACUCGCCCGCACACCUGCUGAAUCUCGAUCUCAAGGGCAGCGUAAAGUCCAACAUACUGACUCUCCGCAAAGAGAUCGCCGAGCGACGCAACGCCGCGCUCGAAGCAGACAUGAACAACCACGACCUCCUCGACAAGAUCAAAGAAGCCAUGGACGACAAGGUCGCCGAAGUCGAAGCCCUAGGCCACCGCGUCGCACAGGCAGAAGAAGAGCUGGAGAAGCUGCGCGAAAUCACCAACACGCAGAAGAGCCAGAGCGACGCGCAGAUUGAGCGCAUGGAGAAGGAACUCGGCCGCAUGAGGAGCGGACUCGGCGAGAGCGUGCAACUGAUGGUGCAGCGAGAAAUGGCCGUAAACAUCGAAUACGAACAACUCCAACUCCGCGCCAACUCGCUGCGCGAAGAACUCCACACGGAAAUAGAGCGCAUGCUCGACGAUAUCGUCCGCUUCAAACUCCACGUUCAGCGCAGCCUCGAGGAGUACGAGCAGUUCAUCGCCGACGAGGUCGAGCGCAGCUGCGAGGAGCAGGACCUCCUGGCCCGCGCUGAGGAGCACACGGAGGUGCUCGAUGGGGGUGCGGAUGAGGAUGUGGAUGAGGAGAUGGGCGGCGUUGAGUAG